UAGUCGCCGCGCCGCAUGUGGUGGGGGUCGGCGCCGCCGGCUCCGGCUCCGGUAACGUUAGAUUCGCGUGCAUGCGGCGGUGGCUACGCGCAUUGCGGCCGUUUCGCCCGUGGCGAGUGCGGCGGGGGGCGGCCGGGGGGAUUCGGUGCCUUUACGUCGUUGUCCGGUGAUGUACGUGUCUACGGCUGCCGCCUCAUUUGUUGUUGUUGGUACCCGGUGGUGGUACUGGUACCAAAGUAUCUCUUUUGGGACGGGAGAAAGGCCUGGGACGGGCGGUGGCUACCGCCUCAGCUGCUGCUGGGGGGCUACUGUUGCGGAACAGUGAUUGAUCCUGCUAAAUGUCGAUUGAUGAGUGUGGAUGAAAAGCGAGAACUUGUUCGUGAUUUAUCAAAGAGCCCAGAAAGUGCUCCUGACAGGCUCGUUGCAUGGACCCGUCGGGAAAUUGUAGAGAUUCUUUGUUCUGAUCUUGGAAGGGAAAGGAAAUAUACUGGUUUAUCCAAACAGAGAAUGCUAGAUUAUCUCUUCAGGGUGGUGUCUGGAAAAUCAUCUGGUCCUGUGGAACAUGUACAAGAGAAAGAGAAAGGGAAAGAGAAAGGGAAAGAGAAAGAGAAAGAGAAAGAGUCAAUUCCUGAGCCCAAUACAACUAACCAUCAGUCCCCUGCCAAACGACCGAGAAAGAGUGAAAAUCCAUCACGAUUACCGAUUAUCACAAACAACUCUGCAGCAUCUGAUGUAACUGGGCCACCUAAUAAUCCACGCUUCUGCCAAAAUGUAGCUUGCAGGGCUAUUCUCAGGGACAAAUUUUGCAGACGCUGUUCAUGCUGCAUUUGUUUCAAUUACGAUGAUAACAAGGACCCAAGCCUCUGGUUGUCGUGUAGUUCAGACCAACACUUACAAAAGGAUACCUGUGGUUUUUCAUGUCAUCUUGAAUGUGCUCUAAAGGACGAAAGGACUGGUAUCCUGCAGAGUGGACAAUGCAAGAAACUUGAUGGUGGCUAUUAUUGCACUCGCUGUUGGAAACAGAAUGAUUUGCUUGGGUCCUGGAAGAAACAACUGGUGACAGCAAAAGAUGCUCGGCGAUUGGAUGUAUUGUGUCAUCGGAUUUAUCUCAGUCACAAGAUCCUCAUCUCCACAGAGAAGUACUUGGUAUUGCAUGAGAUUGUUGAUACAGCAUUGAAGAAACUGGAGGCUGAGGUCGGUCCUAUAUCUGGAGCUCCGAAUAUGAGCCGUGGAAUUGUUAGUCGACUUACUGUUGGUGCUGAAGUUCAGAAACUUUGUGCUCAAGCAAUAGAUGCUAUGGAAUCAUUGUUCUCGGAUGUAUCUCCUGCUAGUUCAAGAAUUCAGCGACCAUCUAUGAUACCACCAAACUUUGUAAAGUUUGAAGCUAUAACCCCAACAUCUGUUGUGGUAUUUUUGGAUUUGGUUCACUGUCCUAUGCUUGCCCAAGAGGCAACUUCGUUUAAUAUCUGGCACCGAGUGGCUGUUACUGAAUCGUACCUGUCAAAUCCGAGUGGCAUAAUACUUGCGCCAUCGAAAAAAUUACCUGUCACUGGGCUUGCACCGGCUACAAGCUAUAUCUUUAAGGUUAUUGCUUUCAAGAAUUCAAUCGAGUUGGGGUCAUGGGAAAUUAGAACGAAGACAAGCUGUCAAAAGGAUGAUCCAAGGGGUUCAAUGCCAGGUGGUACUGGACUAGGACAAAAUAGUGAGAGCCCAAAGGCAAACAGUGAUGGCCAGUCUGAUCCUUCCUCAGAGGGUGUUGACUCAAACAAUAAUACUGCUGUUUAUGCUGAUCUAAACAAGUCCCCUGAAAGUGAUUUUGAGUACUGCGAAAAUCCUGAGAUCCUAGAUUCAGAUAAAGCGUCUCAUCACCCCAGUGAACGCAUUGAUGACUUGCAAAAUAUACAGAUAGCUGCAGAUAGGAUAACAGAAGUCACUGAGCUGGAAGAAGCGCCUGGGCUCUCAGCCUCAGCCUUGGAUGAGGAACCCAAUGCUUGUGUUCAAACAUUGCUUCUCAGAGAGUCAAACUCACUAGAACACAAUCAAAGAGCUGUAGUUCCUAGAUCACAGGAUACAUCUAAUGUACUGGCUGGAAAUGAGUUGAUGAUUGUUGGACCUCGAUAUGCUGGUUCUGUGCCACCCAUUGCAACAAGAGGUGUGGAAAACUGCAAGGAGAAUGGUGGAAGGGGCUUCAAACCCAAACCUUGUGACAACGUUGUUCAUAAUGGCUCUUCAAAGCCUGAAAGGGAACCGGGCAAUUCGUCAAACAAAAGAACAUCUGGUAAAAUGGAGGACCUUGGCCACAAGGAUAAUUCCUCUGAAGUGUCCUAUGAGUACUGUGUAAAGGUGGUUAGGUGGCUGGAGUGUGAGGGCUAUAUUGAGACAAACUUCAGGGUGAAGUUCCUUACAUGGUUUAGCUUGCGUGCCACCCUGCAAGAGAGAAAGAUAGUUAGUGUCUAUGUGGAUACUCUUAUUGAUGACCCUGUCAGUCUUUCUGGCCAGCUUGUUGACAGCUUCUCGGAGAGGAUAUAUAGCAAAAAGCGGCCUUCCAUGCCUUCUGGUUUCUGCAUGGACCUGUGGCAUUAAGGAACUGCAAGCUCUUACCAUUUUCUUUGUAGGGAGCAUAUUUGGUCCCAUUCUUUCGUUGCAGAUCAUUGCAUUGAUUCUUCAUUGGAAAUUUCACUGAAGUAUUUGACUUACACAUCUUCAUUGAAACUUUCCUUCGCAAUGACAGUAGGUUAUGUUAUCGGGCAACUUCUUUUUCCUUUUCCGUUUUCUACAUUUGCUCCAUAAUAGGUUACAGUGCUAUCAUCUGUACCGUCCAUUUUAAUCUUAGAGCAUCAAUAGGCUGCACUGUUCGGUCAGCUUGGGGCAUCAUGAAUUCUGUGGCGUGUGGCUGCUCUGAAGAAGGAUGAUUAUCAGGCUGGAUCAGGACUGCACCUGUGUCUGUGGGAUGAAGCAGGCUUGGUAUGGACGUUGACGAAUCCGAGCUAACCAUGUCUUGUCAGUAAAAUGGUUGUGCUGUAUCUUCGGUGGAUUUGCAUUUUCUUGCUGACUCUUGUUGGGAAUGGGAGGAAUGAUGUUUAAGGUGCAGAACGUCUGCCUUAAUUAAUGUUAUAUUGACUCAUGCUUCUCUGUCUACUGCUGCAUUUGUGGGUU